GUUGCGGAGGACAGGAGCAGUGGAGAAAAGUUUCAAAAGUAUAAUAGAAUGUGGGAAAUGUAGAGAAGGGAGGAAAAUCAUAAUGGGGUAUCUGGUUUCAACUGGGUUAAUAAAAAGAAUUUAAAAAAGGGAAAGGAAAUUAAAUAGUAAAAAAGUAAAGUCCAGAAGAUGGCGGUAUAUGCAACUAUAAGGAUGCAGACUGCCGUAAAACACCAAAGAAGAAGAAGAAGAAGAAGUUCCUGUGUUUUGAUAACGGCUGCGGAAGGAACUGUCAUUCGUUCUCGGUAUCUUUUUCCGAGCAGUUUCCAUCACAAGCGAGCCGAACCCAACGACACAUGACCUGCUUCAGACAGACACAAUGGGACUUACAGUGAGACGCUCUCUCGAUGUUAAACCGUCCAGACUGCUUCUCUUGUUGCCUUUUCUGUUGACAUUGUUGCUCGUCGGGAGCCAAGGCGAGAGCAACGCGAUGGACAACGUCGCAACUGAGAGGAUGGCUGAGGAGAGCCACCGACAGGACAGUGCCAACCUGCUCAUAUUCAUAAUGCUGCUGACGCUCACCAUUCUGACCAUAUGGCUGUUCAAACACCGGAGGUUCAGGUUCCUGCACGAAACAGGACUCGCCAUGAUCUACGGCCUGUUGGUGGGUGUGAUCCUGCGGUUUGGUGUCCAUGUGCCCCAGAGCAUGAGUGAUGUGAUCCUAAGCUGUGCUGUCAACGCCAGUCCUGCUACUCUGCUGGUCAAUGUCAGUGGGAGAUUCUAUGAGUACACGCUUAAGGGGGAAGUCGGCCGAGGCAAAGGUCACCAAGUGCAGGACGAUGAGAUGCUGAGAAAGGUGACCUUUGAUCCAGAAGUCUUUUUCAACAUCUUGCUGCCUCCCAUCAUCUUCCACGCUGGUUACAGUCUAAAAAGGAGACAUUUCUUCAGAAACAUCGGCUCCAUCCUGGCCUACGCUUUCAUGGGAACAGUCAUUUCCUGCUUUGUGAUUGGGCUUAUCAUGUAUGGCUUUGUGUCCUUCAUGAAAAUUGUGGGCCAGCUUGGGGGAGAUUUUUACUUUACUGACUGCCUCUUUUUUGGGGCCAUCGUUUCGGCAACAGACCCAGUGACGGUGCUGGCUAUCUUCAACGAGCUUAAGGUAGAUGUGGACUUGUAUGCCUUACUCUUUGGGGAGAGUGUCCUCAAUGAUGCGGUAGCCAUCGUCCUCUCUUCUGUUCUCCUCUGCUUGGAGAAGCAGGGUAGGCAGGGAGCUGGACCUGUGCUUUUCCCAGGAGCCAAUGGCUCAGUCUGGCCAGAGCAGGCAGAGGAAAGGCUGGGAGAAAACCAGACAUAUGCUUUCCGCUCCAUUGUGGCAUACCAGCCUGCAGGAGACAAUAGCCACAGCUUUGAAGCCAUGGCCUUGUUGAAAUCCUUCAGCAUCUUCCUGGGCGUCUUCAGUGGAUCCUUCGCUCUUGGGGUCGCCACUGGUGUCAUGACAGCUCUCGUGACUAAAUUCACUAAGCUCAGGGACUUUUCCUUGCUGGAGACAGCUCUUUUCUUCCUCAUGUCCUGGAGCACUUUUCUAUUGGCUGAGGCCUGCGGGUUCACGGGCGUAGUAGCUGUGCUGUUCUGCGGGAUCACUCAGGCUCACUACACCUUCAACAAUCUCUCCCCUGACUCUCAGGAUAGGACCAAACAGCUGUUUGAGCUGCUCAACUUCCUGGCAGAGAACUUCAUCUUCUCCUACAUGGGGCUGACUCUCUUCUCCUUUCAGUCACACGUCUUCAAUCCUAUGUUCAUUAUUGGAGCUUUUGUGGCGGUGUUUCUGGGCAGGGCAGCGAACAUCUACCCUUUGUCCUUCCUGCUCAACCUGGGCCGCAAGAACAAGAUUGGAUCAAACUUUCAGCAUGUCAUGAUGUUUGCAGGUCUGCGUGGUGCGAUGACCUUUGCUCUUUCAAUCCGAGACACAGCAACAUACGCACGUCAAAUGAUGUUUUCAACCACCCUCCUCAUCGUCUUCUUCACUGUCUGGAUCUGUGGAGGCGGCACCAUGCCUAUGUUGUCCUUCAUGAGCAUACCGGUGGGUGUGGACUCUGAUCAAGACACCUCUAGUUCAGCGGUGUUGGAUGGGUCUCAGCGGAGGAACGCCAAACAUGAAAGCGCCUGGCCCUUCAGGAUCUGGUAUAACUUUGACCACAACUACCUGAAGCCCCUCCUGACCCACAGUGGCCCUCCACUCACUGCUACUCUGCCUGCGUGUUGUGGACCUCUGGCAAAAUGCCUCACCAGCCCACAGGCUUAUGAGAACGAAGGUCAGCUCCAUGACGAUGACUCUGACUUCAUCCUGAAUGAUGCCAACGUGAGCUCAAUGUAUGCUGACGUCACUGUCAGCACAGAUGCCUCCGGAUCCCACACCAUCAACCGCAAGCACCUGUACUCUACCGGCACCGGAGGUGGCCCAUCUGAUGAAGGUCUGGAUCAUGAGCUCACCUUAGCGGAACACGACGUGGCAAUCAGGGGCACCCGCCUGGUACUGCCCAUGGAUGACCCAGUGGAACCGCCGUCCACAGUCACCCUGCCCCCACCACCCUCCCCACCAUGCUCUGACCCUCGCAGGCACAGACUGUGAGAAGGCUUGUACUGUCACGGUGCAUUUCUAAGUUAAUUAUUUUUAUUCAGAUAAUAAACUUUUUACAGUACAGUCUUUUGAAAGCACCACCUCUCUGUUUAACAUGGCUUUAACCUAGUCUCAGCUCUGUGAGGAACUUGAUGUGUGCUUGAUUUAACUCACCAUUUGGGUGGAUUACUGUAAUCUUGAAUAUGACUGCAAUACAUGUAUGGUACUGUAAAUCAAGUGCACCUCAAGUUUGAAAAGUUACUAAAAAUCAUCUGAGAUGUGCAUUUAGCAUAAAAAUGGGGCUGUAGCAUUUGUCCUACUGUGGUGAUCUGCCAGUGCGGUUAUCUAUGCUCUCUCAAAGCUCUGGCUCUGGCUGUAUGGGCUCAUUCCUAUACGUUUCAUAUGCAGUUACCUCUUUUCUCUGUGGUGAAGUUGCAGAACCUGUAUUUGUCCGGCUUCCUUCAAGUAUUUGCAAAAUAACCUACAGUAACACUUAAGUUUAGGGCUGUUCACUUUGCUCUGGUGUCACCUAACCAGAGCAUUUACACUACAGUUACAUUUAUUACAUUUAUCCAUCCACAGGCAGCCAAGUGAGUGGUAUGUUUGCCUCCCUCCCACAGUUGAUUGGUGGAAAGGGUUCAUUGUACCUGGUUAAGGUGGAAGCAAAAACUCAAACUGCUUCCACAAGAGGAGUGUCUCCACUGUCUUAAGUUUUUAGUGAUGCCUGCCUCUUGACCAUUUUUUUUCACUUAUUCAUUUAUUUAUUUAACAAAAUGAUUUAUUUAUGUAACUUUUAUUUAUUUAUUAUUUAUUUAUUGUUUUUUUGUAUGACAUUAAUGACUAUCUUGACUUUUCCCACAUUAGGUACAUUGUACAGUAGAAGAGUCAGCAGGGAGGUGGAUAUUUCCAUGUGUGCGUGUUAAAAUAUCUCCUUCCUGUACUGUAGCAGAUCCUUCUACUUCAUACUGGGAAAUUAGAGAUUGACUUUGUGUGUGUGUGGAUGGUGUCUGAAUAAAUCUGCUGGUGUGGUUUUUUGGGCUAA